GGAAGGAGUUAUGAAAUGAUCUUCAACUUUGUUAAGAGGGCUAAUUGUGCUGGAGAGGAGAAACGAGUUGGUACACGCACAGUGUUUGUUGGCAAUCGUCCAAUUUCAGAAACAGAAACUUAUAUUGCACAGAGAUUUUGUGAUAACAGAAUAGUCUCCUCUAAGUAUACACUUUGGAAUUUCCUCCCAAAGAAUUUAUUUGAACAGUUCAGAAGAAUUGCAAAUUUUUAUUUUCUCAUCAUUUUCCUUGUACAGGUUACAGUAGACACACCAACUAGCCCAGUUACUAGUGGACUUCCACUUUUCUUUGUUAUAACUGUUACAGCCAUUAAACAGGGAUAUGAAGAUUGGCUGAGACACAGAGCUGACAAUGAAGUCAACAAGAGCACUGUUUACAUUAUUGAAAAUGCAAAACGAGUGAGAAAAGAAAGUGAAAAAAUCAAGGUUGGUGAUGUAGUAGAAGUACAGGCAGAUGAAACCUUUCCCUGUGAUCUUAUUCUUCUAUCAUCCUGCACCAUUGAUGGAACCUGUUAUGUCACUACAGCCAGUCUCGAUGGAGAAUCCAAUUGCAAGACACAUUAUGCAGUACGGGAUACCAUUGCACUGUGUACAGCUGAAUCUAUUGACAGGCUCCGAGCAGCAAUUGAAUGCGAACAGCCUCAACCUGACCUCUACAAGUUUGUUGGGCGAAUCAAUAUCUAUAGUAAUAGUCUUGAAGCUGUUGCCAGAUCUUUGGGACCUGAAAAUCUCUUGCUGAAAGGAGCUACACUAAAAAAUGCCAAGAAGAUAUAUGGAGUUGCUGUUUACACUGGGAUGGAAACCAAAAUGGCUUUGAACUACCAAGGAAAAUCUCAGAAACGUUCUGCUGUUGAAAAAUCCAUUAAUGCCUUCUUGAUUGUGUAUUUAUUUAUCUUACUGACCAAAGCAGCAGUAUGCACUACUCUAAAGUAUAUUUGGCAAAGUACCCCACAUAAUGAUGAACCUUGGUAUAACCAAAAGACUCAGAAAGAACGGGAGACUUUUAAGGUUUUGAAAAUGUUCACCGACUUCCUAUCAUUUAUGGUUCUGUUCAACUUUAUCAUUCCUGUCUCCAUGUAUGUCACUGUGGAAAUGCAGAAAUUCUUAGGCUCCUUCUUCAUCUCUUGGGAUAAGGACUUUUAUGAUGAAGAAAUUAAUGAAGGUGCCUUGGUUAACACAUCAGACCUUAAUGAAGAACUUGGUCAGGUGGAUUAUGUGUUUACAGAUAAGACUGGAACACUCACUGAAAAUAGCAUGGAAUUCAUUGAAUGCUGCAUAGAUGGGCACAAAUAUAAAGGUGAAACUCAGGAAGUUGAUGGAUUGUCACAAAGUGAUGGACCUUUAACAUAUUUUGACAAAGCAGAUAAGAAUCGAGAGGAGCUCUUUCUGCGUGCCUUGUGUUUAUGUCAUACUGUAGAAACUAAAACAAACGAUGCUGUUGAUGGAGCUACAGAGUCAGCUGAACUAACCUAUAUCUCCUCCUCACCAGAUGAAAUAGCUUUGGUAAAAGGAGCGAAAAAGUAUGGGUUCACAUUUUUAGGAAAUCGGAAUGGACUUAUGAGAGUAGAGAACCAAAGAAAAGAAGUUGAAGAGUAUGAACUUCUUCACACUUUAAACUUUGAUGCUGUUCGCCGACGAAUGAGUGUAAUUGUAAAAACUCAAGGAGGAGACAUACUUCUCUUUUGUAAAGGAGCAGAUUCAGCAGUUUUUCCCAGGGUGCAAAACCAUGAAAUUGAGUUAACGAAGGCCCACGUGGAACGUAAUGCAAUGGAUGGGUAUCGGACACUGUGUGUAGCCUUCAAAGAAAUUGCUCCAGAUGAUUUUGAAAGAAUUAAUAGACAGCUCAUAGAGGCAAAAAUGGCCUUACAGGACAGAGAAGAAAAAAUGGAAAAGGUUUUUGAUGAUAUUGAGACCAACAUGAAUUUAAUUGGAGCCACUGCAGUGGAAGACAAGCUACAAGAUCAAGCUGCGGAAACCAUUGAAGCUCUGCAUGCAGCCGGCCUAAAAGUCUGGGUGCUUACUGGGGACAAGAUGGAGACAGCAAAAUCUACUUGCUAUGCCUGCCGCCUUUUCCAAACCAGCACUGAACUCUUGGAACUCACCACAAAAACCAUUGAAGAAAGUGAUAGGAAAGAAGAUCAAUUACAUGAAUUGUUGAUAGACUAUCGUAAGAAGUUGCUGCAUGAAUUUCCUAAAAGUGGUAGAAGCCUUAAAAAAGCAUGGACAGAACAUCAGGAAUAUGGAUUAAUCAUUGAUGGUUCUACAUUGUCACUCAUACUAAAUUCUAGUCAAGACUCUAGUUCAAACAAUUACAAAAGCAUUUUCCUACAGAUCUGUAUGAAGUGUACUGCAGUGCUCUGCUGCCGGAUGGCACCACUACAGAAAGCCCAGAUUGUCAGAAUGGUGAAGAAUUUAAAAGGCAGCCCAAUAACACUGUCGAUAGGUGAUGGUGCCAAUGAUGUUAGUAUGAUCCUGGAGUCCCAUGUGGGAAUAGGUAUUAAAGGCAAAGAAGGUCGCCAAGCAGCCAGGAAUAGUGAUUAUUCUGUUCCAAAGUUUAAACAUUUAAAAAAACUACUGUUGGCUCAUGGACAUCUGUACUAUGUGAGAAUAGCACAUCUUGUACAGUAUUUCUUCUAUAAGAACCUUUGUUUCAUUUUGCCACAGUUUUUGUACCAGUUCUUCUGUGGAUUCUCACAACAGCCACUGUAUGAUGCUGCCUAUCUUACAAUGUAUAAUAUCUGCUUCACAUCCCUGCCCAUCUUGGCCUACAGUCUACUGGAGCAGCACAUUCACAUUGACACUCUGACCUCAGACCCUCGAUUGUAUAUGAAAAUUUCUGGCAAUGCCAUGCUACAGUUGGGCCCCUUCUUAUAUUGGACAUUUCUGGCUGCCUUUGAGGGGAUGGUGUUCUUCUUUGGGACUUAUUUUCUUUUUCAGACUGCAUCUCUAGAAGAAAAUGGAAAGGUCUAUGGAAACUGGACUUUCGGAACCAUUGUUUUCACGGUCUUAGUAUUCACUGUAACUCUGAAGCUUGCCUUGGAUACUCGGUUCUGGACAUGGAUAAAUCACUUUGUGAUUUGGGGUUCUUUAGCCUUUUAUGUAUUUUUCUCAUUCUUCUGGGGAGGAAUUAUUUGGCCUUUUCUUAAACAACAGAGAAUGUAUUUUGUAUUUGCUCAAAUGCUGUCUUCUGUAUCCACAUGGUUGGCCAUAAUUCUUCUUAUAUUUAUUAGCCUUUUCCCUGAGAUUCUCCUGAUAGUAUUAAAGAAUGUAAGAAGAAGAAGUGCCAGGAGAAAUCAGAACUGUAGAAGGGCAUCUGACUCAUUAUCCACCAGACCUUCAGUCAGACCUCUUCUUUUACGAACAUUCUCAGACGAAUCUAAUGUAUUGUAACAGAAUCCGAAUCUUGAACUGCCUAUGUUAUUGUCCUACAAGCAUAUUGACAGUGGUUACAGCUAAAACAGAAAGCAUGAAGAAACAGCUACAAAAAAUUAUCGUCUCAGGAUUCUUGAUAUGCAACAAAAACUAAAUCACUCUUUUAUGUUUAGGGUUCAGAAUAAAUGCCAAUUGAAAUUCUAAAUGAUUACCCUAAGCAUUUCCAGUUACUGCAAGUAGCCAUUAUGGCCAAAGCUGUGAGUUAAGAAUUAUAUGAAAGUUGAAAGCAAGAGUACUUAGAUUUCUGGCUUUUGAUAGUAAAAUGUAACUACCAAGUGGAUCCCCUUUUAACCCAUUAACUUUGUGAAUCGAUUUCAACACAAUAGUAUAAAGUAGCAGUCAUACAAUGGAAAUGAACAGUUUUUACUAAUACAGUGUUACUCUUUUUUGCUUGGCAAAAGACAUAGGCUGGAUCACAUUUCUUGUUCCUGCUGAAUGUUCAUCUUAAAUUAUUUUUUAAGCACACAAAUGGAGUACUUGAAAAUACAGGACUAAAAAUAGUGUCAGUGCAUCAGACAGAAUAGUUCUUCCUUUCUGUUCACCCACAUAGUAAUUAUGCCUUGGUAAACUGUCCUUGCCAGAAAGUACCUUGAACACUUCUGUGGAAAGUAUUAACUCUGGGUAUGACUGUGGGAACAAAAAGAUGUUUGUUUUUGUUCUUUUGAAUUGAACACCACUUAUAGGUGUAAGGCUACUAGACUUGAAAGUAAAGCAUAAAACAGUCACUUAAUAGACCCUCAAUAUAGGGAAUAAACAGAUUUUCCCAGAGUCAGUUUUACUGCCCUAUGAGGUAAGGUGCAUAAUGACUGUAUUUGUCCCAAAAUAAAGCCAUUCUGAACAUCAGCCUUUUAUAAUUUUAUGUGGAGAGGAGGCAAAGCAUAGUUUAUUUUAAACUAUUAACAGUUUUUAUUUGAAAGAGUUUGCAUUUUUGCAUAUAUGCAGCACUUUGUUUUUUCCUAUUUGGGAAGAAAGAUCUAUCCCAACAUGGUUCAGCUUGUAGAGCCAUGGCUACAAAUGCUGUCUCUCGUAGCUAAUGUAGCCGGAGCAGCGGUCUAAUUCUAAACCAUGUGAUUGACCUCAGGAAGGUCCUUAAGCUGGUGGACUAGAACGAGAUUUUCACUUCUUAAUGAGUUCACUUAAAAUAGGAAACUAAAUGUGAAAUGUCUUUAUUCAAUGUUAAAAUUAUAUACCUUUUUAAAAUAGAAGUGAGCACAUUUGACUGCUAGAUUAGAGGGGUCUUUAACAAAUAUUUUAAUUACCACUUUCUAUUUUUGUCUUUUUGGCAUGCCUGUACUACUAUUAAUGUUUAUAUUGUACACUGAUUUGGAAAAAGUGCUAGAUUCAAUCUGUACCAAUAUAUAUAGUCCACAUGGCACAUUUGAUUCUUCCAUCUGUAUAUAUUUUGUUAAUGCUUAGAUGUAAUUUUUCUUAAAUCUCAAAAGGACAUAAUUUCAGUUAUCAGAAACCAUCCCAUCAUUCCUGAUCCCUUUUUGUUAUUUAAUUUGUUCUCAUCUAUCAGUAUUAUUUUUGCAUUUUUUGUUAGAUGUCAUUCACAGCUUACCUAAGUGCUGUGUUCUAGUAGCCUAUAUUUGAGGUGAUCUGCUGAAGACAAAGUCUUUAUAUUUUUUUGCCUAUUCCAAAGAGCUAAAAAAUAAUCCAGGAAAGUUGUUGAUGAUGUUGUUGUUGUUGUUGUUCGUUGUUGUUGUUGUUUUUAUGGUUACUGUUGCCAUGUUGUUGUUUUACAUAACUCCAGGGACUGUGAAUAUAAAUAAGAGAGCCACGCUAGAGAGGCUUAUUUAAUGCAGAACCACUAAAGAGUUGCCAUAAUCAGAAUAUCCAGGAUGUUACAGGUAAAACUAGUUGCAUGUAAAAUAUUUUACAGCCAGAAAGAAACUUGGAGGAGUAAAGGGGAUUUCGAGUCAUGUCUCAGCUACACAUUACACUGUGCACUGCAACUCAAAUUCUGAGUAGCAUUGAUGUGUAUGAUGUGUAACAUCACUGCCUAGAUCCUUGCUAGGGACUUUGAUUUUCGUUUUGAAAGAUAUUUUUAUUAAUGAGCUAAAAUGAAAUUGGCUGGCAUGGGGUUAACAAGUGAAAUAACUUGAAAUAAGCCAUUCCAGUAUUCCUAGCACUACAACAUAACCACCCUAUUUUGUGACAGAGGAGAGAAAAUUAAUAAUAGGACCAGAUGCUCAAUAAGUUUGAGCUAUCAGAAUGUCCUUAUAAUUUUCACAUCUAUUGUC